UGGCGUGACGCAAAAUAAAGAAAGGUUAGAUUUUCUGUGAUGAAUUUUGUGAAAUACAAAGUUACAUCUGCCGUAUCAAAUUUACACGCAAUUUGUAUAAAAGCUUUCAAAAUAGUCGCUUUUCAAGAUGAUGAAAUAUACAGAAGGUGAAACUUUAAAGGAUAAUUCUAGAUGUGCUCAUAUUCGAGCAGAUUUGAAAAUGUGUAUGCUGGAAACCGAUUGUUGUAAAAUUCAAAGGCGUACACCUAAAGAAUGUUUCCAAAGCAGAGAUCCUUCCAUACCCGACGAGUGUUAUUUUCUCCGUCAAACGUUUUACGAAUGCAAACAUUCGAUUAUUGAUGCAAGAAGGAGGUUUAGAGGACCAAGGGGUUACUAAUAUUAUAAGGUACAUAAAUGAAAUUCACUUGUAAAAAGGAACAUAUUAUAGUUUGUAAGAUGUAAUAUUAGAAGUGAUUUAUUAUUAUUAUUACUUCAUUAUUAUUCGUUGUACAUGAUAUAAUAAAUCUAUUAUAAUUGCGAA